AUGAUCAUCAGACCAUCACUGCCCGACUCUUCCUGUGGCGGAGGUGAGAAACUUGAGCCCCCCGUGUGUGACUGUGAUGAUGCUGGGGGGUACGUCAUUAGGAGGGAGAAGGGAGACACGUAGAGGUGUAGGAACAGACAUCCUGGAGCCUGGAUGACUCAAGAGUGUCACAGAAGGGCAACGUACAGAAAAUAAUUGCAAUUUUCUCACCUGUUAUCUUUCGCAGGCGUUCAAGAGUGCCACCAUGAGCUCAUACUGGUGCGCAGGCAAGGGCGAUGUCAUCGACAACUGGUGUCGCUGUGACCUGAGUGCCUUCAGCAAAGACGGCCUUCCCAACUGCAGUCCCCUGAGGAAGCCUGUGUAAGUCAGAGCCUACCUCGUGUCUAUCCAACCCUAGAACUGUUGGAGUUGUAACCACCAUCCCUAGGGCUGGGACCAACCUUUAAUUGCUGUCAGUCGUUCCUAACACCCCCGGUGCUCACUCCCAUGAAAGAACAUUGUGUCUUGUUCUCUUACCCCAGCUUUGUUGUGAGUCAUCAUACACCCCAGCUAUUGUAACCCUCAGAACUUUUGGAGAGAGAUACAAGGCACUGAAUAGACAAUGGCCCACAUUACAUUUCAUGGACCUACUUGCUUGUUUGAUUUGUCGAAUGGAUACAUUGAGGAUUCCAGUUUCUCCAACACAUAUUAAGCCUAGUACUGGACUAAAAAACUAUUUCAACUGAGAUUCUCUAUUGCUUUUUAGUCCAGGAGUAAGCUUAAUGUGCCCGGGAAACUAGUCCUCAGUGUCAGUUGACAUCUUAUAUUGUUUUUGUAUUAAAGUGACCCACCUCCCCUCCUCUCUCUCUCUCUGUCUCAGGCUCAGACUGGCCCCUCACCUGGAACCCUCCAGCACCAUGGUGGCCCUGGAGUGGCUGGAUGUGGAGCCCCUGAUUGGCUACAAGAUCUCUGAUUACAUCAUCCAGCACAAGCGGGUGGAGGACCCUUCGGAGGCAGAGAUCUACACAGGUAGGUAG